ACCCCAUCACUACAUCACAUUUCUUCCCAGGCUUUGGUCAUCUUCAGUUCAAAUUUUUUGCACUUUUGUUGGAGUUUGAAAGCAAUAAUUACAAUGGGUAGCUCCAACACUUUUCUUUUCUUCUGCAUAAUAUUACUGUGUGUAAAUUCCGGGGCGGCAAGAGAAUUGCACUAUGAUUGGACUGUUUCUUUCUCCGAAGCCAUGCCCCUUGGAGUUGACAAGAAGGUGAUUGUGAUCAAUGAUCAAUUUCCAGGGCCACUUUUGAAUGCAACAACAAAUGAUGUGGUGAACAUCAACAUUCACAACAACUUGACUGAAUCAUUCUUGAUGACAUGGAAUGGCGUGCAGAUGAGGAGGAACUCAUGGCAGGAUGGGGUCCAAGAAACCAACUGCCCUAUACUGCCAGGGGAGAACUGGACAUACAGUUUUCAGUUGAAGGAUCAGAUAGGGAGUUACUUCUACUUUCCUUCGCUGUUGUUCCAAAAGGCAGCUGGAGGGUAUGGCCCGAUUCGCGUGAAUAACCGUGCAGUUGUCCCUAUUCCUUUCGCUCAACCUGAUUAUGAGUAUGAUGUACUGAUCGGAGAUUGGUAUAAUGCAGAUUAUCAGCUGUUGAGAUUAGCUUUGGAUGGGGGCAGCGUGCUGCCUUUACCCGAUGGAAUUCUCAUCAACGGCCUUGGACCUAAUCAAGCAACUUUUGAUUUUCAACCUGGAGCUACAUACAGGCUGAGAAUCUCGAAUGUGGGACUGAAAACAGCCUUGAACUUCAGAAUCCAGGACCACCAGAUGCUGCUGGUGGAGACUGAAGGAUCCUACACUGUAAAACACUACUAUGAGAGUCUGGACAUCCAUGUCGGUCAAUCCUACUCGGUCUUAGUUACUGCAAAGAAUCAGACAGAAGGCUCGUCAUUUUACAUGGUGGCUGCAUCCCGUUUCAUCCCUGUGGAGCUCAUAGGAGUUGGCAUUGUUCGAUACUCAGGCUUUCAAGGGAAGCCGCGGGAGCCUUUACCCCCUUUCCUUGCAUCAUAUGAUUAUAAAUACUCUAUAGACCAAGCCCUGUCAAUCAGGUCAGACUUAUCAGUCGGAGCAUCCAGGCCCAAUCCGCAAGGUUCUUACCACUACGGAAGCAUAAAUGUGACAAGAAUGCUCGUUCUGAAGAAUGAUGUGGCCUUCAUCAAUGGACAGAACAGAUACACCGUGAAUGGAGUUUCAUUUCUGCAUCCAGACACGCCAUUAAAGUUAGCAGACUAUUAUAAUCUCAGCAAUGUCUUCGUGCCCGGGAUCAUUCCUGAUGCACCAUCAAACAGUCUGCCUCACCUAGGCGUUUCGGUUAUCGACACUAAGUACCAUGACUACGCGCAUGUGGUUUUCCAGAACCCUUUGUUCUCGCCUCAGACGUGGCAUUCUGAUGGAUUCAACUUCUUCGUUGUCGGCAUGGGGUUGGGCAUAUGGGAUGAGGGGAAGAUGGACACGUACAACAUGGUCGAUGCUAUUUAUCGUUCAACGGUUCAGGUGUAUCCAUUAUCAUGGACUGCAAUCUUGAUAGAGUUAGACAACAUGGGAAUGUGGAACCUGAGAUCACAGGAUGCAGAGAAAUGGUAUAUGGGGCAAGAGGUGUACAUAAGAGUGAAGGGAGUGGAACAAGAUCCUUCCAAGAUCUCUCCAAGGGAUGAAUCUCCUAUCCCUCAAAAUGUCAUCAAAUGUGGGAGAGCCCUUUAAGUUUUCUAAACCUUAUACAGUCAAUUUACUCUCAUUCAGUUAGAACAUAAGAUUUUCAAUUAUGUAGCUUAGGAUUCUCAGUAAUGCUUUCAUCGUUUCAUGUCCAUAGUAAUUUUUUGAACAGCUGAUUGAUUACUUGUUUAUCUUCUACCCCGUCGAAUUGAAUUCAGACUCAGUACUCAGUAUCAGUGGAGUUGUUAUUAUACAUGGCUCUACUGAUUUACUUUUGAGUAGUCAAAAAAAGUUACAAGCUCCACGGUAUAGAUGGUACUAUGAUCAGCUGAAGAAAUGCUAGUUCCCACACUGCUAGCGUACAAGAAAUACGCCCUGGUGUGGUGAACAUAAAACAGUCAUUUGGUGGAUUAUGGUGAACAUGAUCCUUCAGGCAAGUUUUAAGGGGAUGUGAUGAGUGGUAAAUGCUCGCAAACAAAUAUGCGAGAUGGGUGUCCGCCUAAAGCCUGGUUACGACAAUUGGGGCACUCCCUUCUUCACCAGUCUGAUCCCUGUUUGCUUGAA